CGGUCUUCUCGGAUAUAAUUCCAACAAACGACGGGCAAAACGACGUGACAGCAAUGAAAUCAUGUUUGAAUAUUGCAUGCUUAACUAAUUGGCGACAUUCUCUCACUGUAUAUAUGUGUCGUGUUACUAGUAACACGAUUUCUUCAUAAAAAUUUCUUGUUUCUUCCUCCUGAACAAUGGGCAGUUGCUGGUCGCACCAGUCUACGUCCGCUCUCACGGCGAAGUUAAUCCUCCUGGACGGCCAGCUUCAAGAGUUCUCAUGGCCGGUUCGGGUUUCGAGUUUGUUGGAGCCGAAUUCUGGGUGCUUCAUAUGCAGCUCCGAGGAGAUGGAGCUGGACGAGUUCGCGGUGGCGAUGAGCGGCGACGAGGUGUUGCAGCCGGGGGAGCUUUACUUUGAGAUGCCGCUGGAUCGGCGGAACCGGCGGCUGCAGGUGGAGGACAUGGCGGCGCUGGUCUUGAAAGCGAGCGCAGCUCUUGCUAGCUGUAGUAGUAGAGAUUAUGAUGAUGGGAUGAUUAGCUGCAGUUGUUGUGUGUGGGGAAAGGUUCGACCUGUUAUGUUGUUCAGCGAGAAGGAGAGGCUCCUGGCGGCGGAGGACGGUGGAGGGAAUGGCGGAGGUGGUGGUUGUAAGAGACGGAAGUUUGUCGCCAAGUUAAGUGCGAUUGAUGAAGAGUGAAAAGAAGGUAAAAAUUACUGAACAAAUCACUCUCUGAGACUAGAAAUUCUUUUCUAAAUUGAAUUUGAUGCAAUCUCAAUCAAUUAUAUAAUAUAUAUAUUUAUUAUGUGAUUGAUAUAUAAUUCAAAUAAAAUAAUCAAUCAUAUAAUAAAUAUAUUACAAAAAAUUUAUAAUUAAUUUGAUUGGAUCAAAUUUAAUUUGAUUUAAAGUUUUCCCAACUUCAAAAUGGAACACUAUGUUUUGCAAAAGAGCAAGUGAGAGAUAAUUGUCAUGUUAAUAUUUUUUAGGUGAGGUGGGACAGUUUUGUAUACGAUAAAUCAAUCUAUUUCAGUUC